UAGGCUUUGUUUGGACGAGGUGGGCAAUCUGCAACACAGUCAUUGGCCUUGUGUCUCCGAAUUGAGGCUGUCAGUGUGGACUGUGAGCAGUCAACAUUGGAUGAUCCUUGGAGAAGAAAGGAUGUAAUUGUUAUGGACAUGUUAAUCUCUCUGAUUGGAAUAUUGCUGUAGCUGUCGACUAAGUUCUUUUUAAUCUGACGAUAUUGGCCGUUUAAGAUGGUUGGGAAUACGCCAAGAAGAAGCGCCAACCGCCAGUCUGGAGCACUCUAUCAAGGCAUCAGCAUGGCUCGGGAACUCGGCUUACCAGAGAACCAUCUUAGGGCUGCUCGCGUUCAGAAUAUUCCCGAUGAGAUCAAAGCCCUGCCGUACUUCUAUGCAAAAUUUGGUGACAGCAAAAUUGCAACAAGAUAUGUUGAGCAACAUGCCCAGGGCCCUGGCUAUUACUUGCUGCGUCUUAGCUCAAAGGGAGAUAACUAUUUGUCUCUGUCUGUCAGCAUAGCAAAUGCUUCUGUCCGGCAUGUGAAUGUUGUGAUCGAGAGAAGGCCAUCUUUGAAGUACUACAUCGUGGAACAGGUCAAGUUCAACAGCUUCCAUGAACUCAGCAGCUACUACAGCAGCCACCGAAUCUGUAAUCUGGAACAGAUUGAAAAUGUCAAACUCUUACACCCAAUCAACCAGGGGGCAGACUCAAAGGAAGACUAUGCUUCGCCACAGUCACCUGUUAAUGGAGAAGGUGGUAUUCCCAUUCUAGGCAGAAAGAAUUCUGACAUUGGCCUGCCCAAAACACCCAAAUCAGGUCAGUUGACAGCUAGUUUUGACUAUGAAGGAGGUGUGAGGUAUGUAGGAGUUGAAGACAAAUUUCCACCAAUUCCUGUCGCAGGAACACGGGUACGGGGAGACAGCAGUCUUUCACGACCUCUGCCGAAGACGCCAAAGUCCAGUAGUGAGACCCGACCACCGUGCCCCACUCCGCCUGGGUUUGAGGGCAACUCGGACCUAUACUACUCCCGCCCGAGGGAUGUUAGCAAAAAUAGGAUCGAUGAACUUCGACAAAUUUUAAGGGACUCCGAAGUGUGUGAUUGUGGUGUGCACUUAAGUGACUCAGAACUCCCUCAAGGCUGGACGUUGCAUAAGAGCCACGACGCUGCAUCGUAUGGAUGCCUCUUCUACCAAAGUAACCAAGGAGACACAACAUGGAACCUGCCUCUACAUAUUGUGCCGGAAAUCACUCCCAGGAUGAAGAAAAUUAUCAUUGAUUUGAGUCACCAGAGCGGGAAGGCGCCCCCGCCGGUGUUGUUUCCGCCGUAUCAAGAUCCAGCGAGGGGGAGAACAGAUGCCGGACAGUGGAAUGGGAUGAACUCUAUGAAUAGUUCGGGGAGGGGAGCAAGGAAGUGGAGUGAUGAAGGUUAGACUCUGAUGACUUUUUCGUGCAUCUUUCUUUUAUGAAGUCCAUUCAUGACGUGGAUGUUGUUAAUCUUGAGUGAGUGGUCUUCCAUGGUGUUUAUUGUCGGCUGAGAAGAUACAGAGGGAACAAUGUUUGUGCCCAGUGUUGACUAUACGGCAUCAAAGCAGACUUGAAAACUGUCAGCGGAUUGAUUUACAAGGGGACUAUACUCGACGUUCUGGUGCCAAUUUCCAGUACAGAUCUGGACCUGUAAAGCUGAGACAAUGUCUGUGUAAUAAGGGUAAUCAUUUACUGGUAUUUUGGGCACACACCAUAAACAUCGAGUUGUCAGACUUGAAUCAAAUAGCCAGGACUUCCAAUUGGACAGAGCCAAAUUCCUCCUCAAGAGCAACAUUUGGGGCGAUGGGGGUAGCCUGAUGGUUUAGGUGCUUGCUCGUCACCCCGAAGACCAAGUUUUAUUCCCCUUGUGGGUACAGUGUGUAAAGAUCAUUACUGGUGUCCCCUGCCGUGAUAUUGCUGGGAUAUUGCUAAAAGUGGUGUAAAACCAUACUCACUCACUCACAAAGAGCAGCAUGUCCUUGGUGAGUCAACAAAACUGUCAGCUUCAGAGGCUUCAAUAAAAGUACUAAUAUUCUGAUUGAAUGAGUUUCACAGAAAACUAAGGACGGUACAAGAUGAUCGACAUCGGCCCAGAUGAGACAGAAGUGGAGCUAAAAAUGAGACUUCAGACUGUUGUAUGAUUGGAUGAUUGUUUCUGCAAUCGAUAGUAUUUGUUAUGUUUUUUGUACAUUGAACUGAGAUAGAAAUCAUGAACCAAAGAGAAUUUUUUGAAGGGAUUUCUUCAGGAAUGUACAGAGCUUAAGCCAUGCUUGUGGUGAAAACUUAACACUGCUCAACGCCUUUUCCUUAUUAACCUCAUACAAAGAUGAUGCGUUUUACCAUGGUAUUCAUCAUGUUAGCAUCAAUAGCGACUGAUCAUUUAACAUGGUAUGUAUGCUGGAGGAUAGGGGCCUGAAUGUAUUAUAUUCUGGGGUGGGGGGGCCUGAAUGUAUUAUAUUCUGGGAGAUAGAGGCCUGAAUGUUGUAUAUUCUGGGGGGGUGGGGGCCUGAAUAUUUCAUAUUCUCUAGGUGGGGGUCUGAAUGUUUUAUAUUAUGGGGGGAUGAUUAUCCUGAAUG